GAGAGGACUCCGCCGUCGCGCGCCCUCCUCUCUGCUUCCCUCGGGAGGCAGGCCACGCGCCAGGGACGCCAACGGCACCGGCACGCGCGCACCCGCUCAGGGCAGGAGGAAGGGAGCGCGUGCGUGCGUCCGAAGGGGAGGGGGCGCCCCCCUCCCCCCCAAUCCCUAUCCUUUCCCUCUCGCGCUCGGGCGUCCGAGGCUUAGGGCUGGGCUGCAGGCGAGCAGCGAGGCAGGCAGGCGGGCGGGCGGCAAGGCACGCACGCACGCGCCAGCCAGCGCGAGGCGAAGGAUGCUCCCGUCGCCAUGGCAGCGGCGGCGGCGGCACCAGCAGCGUUGAGAGCAAGAAGAGUUUUUUAAACCCUGAGUUGCCAAGGAACUAUGGGAAAAUAAUUAACCCUUCCUACAAUUCUCGUCUGGCUAUCUACAGAUUCCAAACCAUAGCAGAGAAUUCUUGCUGAGCUCAAGGAGUUGGCAGGUGAACAUGUUAGGCUCCUCUGAUGACUGGAGUGCUCCCUGGCCAGCUCAGGCAUUUGGUGAUGGAUAUCUAGUAUUGUGACUUGUGAGAACCAGGCUUUACAGCUUCUUCUCUUCCCUUCAUAUAUCCAUUGUCUUUCAGAGAGAGGCAAAGCUGAGUGGGCUGUUAAAGAAAGGUAAUAAUUUUUAAUUAUGUGAAGGAGACAGAGAGAAAGAAAGAGAAGGAAAGACAGGAAGCAACAGGGGGAAGUGGUGACCGUAAUUAAAUCUGUUUCUGCCCCUUCUUUACCUUGUACUUUAAAAAAAAUCUUAUCGUAUUUAUUUUGAAGAUAUAUAUCUUGCUUCCCUGUGUGUUUGAGGCAGCUCAAAACUCCGUAAAAACAAAUUGCAACAAAACAAUCUAAAAUAGAUAUUUAAUACAAUUUUUUUAAAAACCCCAGUAGCACAAAUUCAGAUCCUAUCUCCUCUGCAAAUCCUUGCAGGAGCAAACCCUCAUACUCCAAAAGAAUGACAGUUCAUAUCAACAGCAAAUUGGUAAUUGCUUAGGCCAAUGCUAAAACGGAUUUAACACAUACCAACUGAAGGCCAUAAACAACUAGGCUUAUAUUUUCAUGGGGAAAAAAAAUCUAAACUGGAUAAUGAAGUACAGACUAACAUCCUUGUAAGUAGACCUGCAUCUGUAAAAAUUGGAAGGAUCCUUCAGUUCAGUGCAGAUGCUAACUUUCCCUUAAAAACAAAAAUGGGUUUUCACAGAUAAUCCAGAAAUCUAGUUUCCCCCCAUUGUUCCUCUGUUUUCUAUGCAUUUUAUUAAAAAGAAAAUCUGGAAUUAAAUUCAGUAUAGAAUUCAAUAUAAAAGAAAGUAAUCUAAGAAUAAGAAUGGGGGAAGAGAAGACAUGAAUCAAAAGAAGGAUAAUUAAGAUAUCAGAAGGAGAGGUAAGGACAUUCAACAGUGUAACAAAGAAUAGUGCAAGAUGUCUCCCAGAUGUUAUGUCUACAUUUCUCUCCUAUUUCCCUUUGGUAGCUGAUAAAAUAGCAAUACUGGCUCCUCUACAACACUCUGGUGCGUAAUCCUUUGUGGUGCUUUCUAGAGCUCAAGGAGGAGGCAACACCAUGAAUCGUGGGGGAGGCAGCAGCCCCAUGGAGGAACUAUCUAAGGCUACCCUGCAUAAUAACUCGCUGUGGUGGCUGGCUUGUGGGCUCCUUGCUCUGUUGGCCAACUCCUGGAUCAUCCUGAGCAUCACGGCCAAGCAGCAGAAGCACAAGCCCCUAGAGUUACUGCUAUGCUUCCUGGCAGGCACGCACAUUCUCAUGGCUGCUGUGCCGCUCACCACUUACGCAGUGGUACAAUUGCGACGUGAGUCCUCCGACUACGACUGGAAUGAGAGCAUUUGCAAGGUCUUUGUCUCCACCUAUUAUACAUUGGCCCUGGCCACGUGUUUCACUGUGGCCUCCUUAUCCUACCACCGCAUGUGGAUGGUGAGGUGGCCUGUCAACUACCGCCUGAGCAAUGCCAAGAAGCAAGCCCUGCAUGCCGUGAUGGGCAUCUGGAUGGUGUCCUUCAUUCUCUCCACACUACCGUCCAUUGGCUGGCACAACAAUGGGGAGCGUUACUAUGCCAGUGGCUGCCAGUUCAUUGUCAGCAAGAUAGGCUUGGGAUUUGGUGUCUGUUUCAGCCUACUUCUCCUUGGAGGCAUAGUCAUGGGCUUGGUGUGUGUGGGCAUCACUUUCUACCAGACGUUGUGGGCACACCGAAGGCACCACAGAUGCCAUCACCAAAGAGCAGAGGAAGCAGCCUCUUCUUGUCCUUCAGUUCACAACACCUUCAAUGUGCCAGCCAUUGUGGUAGAGGAUGUCAGAGGCAAAAGACGAUCAUCCCUGGAUGGAUCUGAAUCCGCCAAGACUUCAAUGCAGAUGACCAACCUCAUCAGUGCCAUUGUUUUUCUGUAUGACUCACUAACUGGAGUUCCCAUUUUGGUGGUGAGCUUCUUCAGUCUACGCUAUGACACCGCUCCCACUUGGAUGGUGCUGGCUGUGCUCUGGUGCUCCAUGGUGCAGACCCUUCUUCUCCCAUCCUUCAUCUGGUCCUGUGAGCGUUACCGGGCCGACCUCCGUACAGUGUGGGAACAAUGUGUAGCAAUAAUGUCAGAGGAAGAUGGGGAUGAGGAUGGUACUGGUGAUGACUAUGGUGAUGGAAGGAUCUGCAAGGUGCGAUUUGAUGCCAAUGGUGCUGCGGCAUUGAAACGAGACCCCAGGGAUGCUAAACUACUGCCAGUCCAUCACAUGCUUUUGCCCCAUGACAGGGUGCACUACCUGCAGGUCCCUAUUUCUCGCAGGAUGUCCCACGAUGAAACAAACAUUUUCUCUGCCCACCGCUCUUCUCCUUCCUUCCUUCACAAGUGGUCCUCAUCGGAUGACAUCCGUGUGGCUACCCCCUACAACCCUGAAGGAGCCCCUGGCUUUCUACCUCCUGAAUUUCACAGCUACCAUCACCGUCGAAGGCCUCCAGAGGAUGAGUUCACUACUCUUCGGCAGUUCUUGGAAUCUGGAUUGGCCAUCCGGGCUCCAGGACCCGGCUCCACAGCCUGCUUCUUUCGCGAUGAGAUUACCACCUUCAUUGAUGAAACACCCAUGCCUUCCCCGCGCAGCAGUCCACGCCAUUCGCUCCUCCCGUUCUCAAUACAGCAGGAGGGACAAAGCUCCCCAGCUGAGCAGGACGGAGAUAUGGACAGGGAUAGACAAUGUUCACUGACUGGUGGUGAAAACCUAGACCUCAGCAGUGGUGAACAAAAUACUGAUCAAUGGACCACAGCAGCUUAUGAGGCACAGACCUUCAGAAAGGUCAACCUAUGAACUGGAAACAACAAGAGUUACUGGAUUUUAAGUAAAGCUUGAAAUGUCUAACCAAUCCUAGGACCCAAGGGUAAUUUAGGUCCUCAUGUCUCUCACCAUGUUUAUGGGGGAGGAAAAUACUGCCAGUCUGUUUCUUUCUGUGGUGUGGAGGAAAGGAAAAAAGGAUCAGGGAGCAAAUUGCAUUGUUGGAAGGAACCAUGAUGCCCUGCUCUCAGAUGAUAAAUACAUACACGGACCACCACAGCUCACAGAGGACAUUUUUUGUCAGUUCCACCCCGUUGGUAGGUGUUAGCACCACCCAUGUCUCCCCUAUCUUAGCUCCACCCAUUAUGAGAAACACACAUUGAUUGCCAAGUAUGGGGUAGGAAGGUAUUAAAAAAUUGUAUUUGGAGUGUCA